GUGUGGACCUAUGGUGCUUGAUGCUCUGAUCAAGAUUAAAAAUGAAUUGGACUCUACUCUGACCUUUCGCAGGUCCUGCAGGGAAGGCAUCUGUGGCUCCUGUGCUAUGAACAUUGCUGGUGGGAACACCCUGGCCUGUAUCAAAAAAAUUGACACUGAUGUGAACAAGGUCACAAAAAUCUACCCUCUGCCCCACAUGUAUGUGGUGAAGGACCUCGUCCCGGACUUGAGUAACUUCUAUGCACAGUACAAAUCCAUUGAGCCUUACCUGAAGAAGAAGGAUGGAUCAAAAGAGGGCAAGCAGCAGUACCUGCAGUCCAUAGAAGACCGUCAGAAACUGGACGGGCUCUACGAGUGCAUCCUGUGUGCCUGCUGCAGCACCAGCUGUCCCAGUUACUGGUGGAAUGGGGACAAGUACCUGGGCCCUGCAGUCCUGAUGCAGGCCUAUCGCUGGAUGAUCGACUCCAGGGAUGACUACACAGAGGAGCGUCUGGCCCAGCUGCAGGAUCCCUUUUCUCUCUACCGCUGUCACACCAUCAUGAAUUGCACAAGGACCUGCCCCAAGGGUCUGAACCCUGGGAAAGCCAUUGCUGAGAUCAAGAAGAUGAUGGCAACAUACAAACAGAAGGCAACAGCUGCAUAAUGCUGCUCCCUGGCAGGACCUGGAACACCCAAACAUCCUUCAUCUGGGGGUGAUUUACA